UUGUCAUACAAACAACUAAGUACUUCAAGCGAAAACGAUAUUGAAUAGUUUUAAGAUUUACUAAAUUUAAAAAUGAAAGUUGUUGGAUUGGGUUUACAAUUGAUGAGGCAUCAUCGGGGAUUGGGAACUUGUGCAGGUGGAGGUGGAGCUGGUGGCAGUUGCUGUCAACCACAUAUACAAGAGAUUCCGCUAUGCCCAAAGAAGCCAUUCUGGACAACAAAGCGGACACUAUGUUUCUCCUUGUUGACUUUCGGUGCCGGCAUUUACACGGGCAUCUACAUAUCACAAAACUAUGAGGUGCCGCGUGUUGAUGAUCCGCAAAAGUUGGUCGAGCGUCUAAAUCAGAAGCUGCGCGAAUUGGUUGAUGAUAACAAGAAAAAAUCGCCGGCUGAGCAAUUGGUGAGCGACAUCAAAAAAGAGGCCAAGAAGAUAUUGGAUGAUUGACAACAGCCACACAUAAUUACUUAGUUCAUUAUACAAAACACACAGAACUCAAACUAUACAAAAAUGUUUUUUUUCGCUCAUAGUCAUGCAAUAAAGCCAAGUUUAAUUUAUCUUUAAAAUAA